AUGAAGUUUUUUACUCCCUCUGUCGUUAGUUUCGCCGCUACCCUGCUUUUCUCUCUUUCAGCUAUUAAGGUCCAUUCCCUUCCAACUGGUCCUACACUUGAAAAGCAUGCGAUCGAAGGCUUGAAUAAUUAUAACUGCAAACUGACUCCUGCUCAUCCUCGCCCUGUGAUCUUGCUUCAUGGGACUGGACUAAACGUCUAUUCCUGGAGCCUUUUUGCACCUGAAAUGGCCAAGCGCGGUUAUUGCGUCUUUGCCUUGACUUACGGCAGAUACAUAAGAUUCUCUGGCUUAGGAGGUAUGGCCCCGAUCGAGGAUUCUGCCCGAGAGAUUGGAGCUUUCGCAGAUGAAGUUAUGCGCAAGAUGAAUGUGUCUCAAGUUGACAUUGUUGGGCAUUCACAAGGCGGUAUUUUGACAAGGUACUGGAUUAAGUACUUGGAUGGAGCUGGUAAGGUCUACAGGCAUGUCGGAGUCGUCUCCAGCCACCAUGGUACAACUCUGUAUGGGAUCGCAACGCUGGGUACGGCUCUCGGGUUGUCCUAUCUGCUCCAGGUUUUCGCUGACUUGUUCGCGCCAUCACUUUUUCAGCAGGUUAUGAACUCCACUUUUAUUCAGAAGCUGAAUGCUGGAGGCGACACUUCCCCUGGCGUUAUUGAAUCUAACAUCGCUACCAAAUAUGUCUUUUAG